AUGGACAACCUGUACCAAAGCUACUUCGAGGAAGGAGAGAGGAAUUUCAAAUUCGCCUCUCCUAAACUGACCAACUUGGUAAGCAAAGAAAAGACAAUAAAGAUAAGUCCCCAGAAAGGGUUCGUCAUAAAGGCAUACGAAAAGGAUGGAGGAAAGGUUUACUUCAAUAUUUUAUCGUCCAAUUUAAUUGCUGAGUUUCACUUUAAAAAAAUGCCUGACUUAAAUGAUAACGAGGGAUUAAGAAUUCCAUUGAGCAUUGGGGAGGAGAAACAGAGAGAAGAUAAGAAGGGGAAGAAAUACAAGACGUACGACAUUGUUCUUAACUCAAAAGUCGUUUCGCAAAGCAAAAAAAAUUUGCAAUUAAAGAAAGUUAUUGCUGAGUUGGUGCAGGUGGCCAUCAAAAAUAAGUACAACACGGACACCUGCGCGAACUUGUUUUUUUUCCCCGAGCAUAAGUACAAAGGGAGCAGCCCGGAUGAUCAGUUCAUAAAGGACGACCAGCAACACAAGUUCAACGUUGUGGAGGAGGCCAGCAACGAAGCAGGUGGCGCGACCUGCGGGGGGGACCAACUCAACAAAGAAUACAUUCAAAAUUUUUUAUCCGUUAAGAAACCCGAGUGGGACAUGUGGUUUGUCGAUAGGAAGACCUUCGAGGAGCGACAUCAACGAAUGGAAAUCUUUUACCUUCCCUACCUGCGCACGUCCCCACUGAGCGGCACCAUCGACUGCUUUGACUUUAAGCCCCCCUUCAUGAGUGUGAACGGGAAGGAAAAACAAAAAAUCGGCAAAAUUGGCAAAAUUGGAAAAAUUGGAAAAAUUGAGAAGAAAGAAACAAAAAACAACGCCAUUUUCAAGUCCUUCUUGAACGAAUACAACAUCGAAUUGGACGACGAAUUCUUACGUUACCAGCAGGUGAUCAAUACAAUAUGCGUUAUUCAAAUUCAGCUGCCUUUCUUCAUCCUCGCGCAACGCAGUGACACCAGGGGGGGGCGCCACCCCUUUGCCGUCCACGAGUUUAUAAAUCUGUACAUCAGCGAUGACCACCUGGCUGUCUUUUUUAAGAAAUCGCCUCUCUUUCCAGCAGGACAUAACCCCCCGUACAAAAACUUCAACAUACGGUUUCCUUUCUAUUUCGAAUCGUCAAAAGCGAUGUCGCAAUAUUUGGAAAAAUAUCACCUCCUAAAUAUCAUCAUUCCAGUUAGCAGAAGUUCAGCUACUUGCAAAUUUUUCAGCGGGAAAAACGUGAACAAGGGGGACUGCGUGGUAUCGGACGACGCAGAAACGAGUGACAGUUCUAUAUUUUGA